CACUUGGAGUCUGGACAACAGCUUGGGGAUGAAUGGAGAUGGUAAAGAUGCUGCUUUGGAUGAGAGUUCACACUGUGCAGGAACAUAAAACGCAUAAAGGGUGGUUUGAGGGUCAUGAAUGGGGGGAAAAGUAGCCCCAGUGUUGAUGUUGGGGGUCUUGUCUGGCCUCUGAGGAUAAGCAAAGAAUUGCUAUGUGGGCAGAGACUGGUGUUAAGUAACUAAUGCCCGUCUGUAUGUGAACGCCCAUCCACCUGCACACUGUCUUAACUACCAAGGCCUGUGUUUAACUGGAAUACUAAACGUGGGCAGCGUGCACUCUGGUGUAAUGGCAGCUUGUGCUGUUGGCAGUACACACAGCUGGCUGAACGAGAGCCCACCGGACUGACUUCGUGGGGGAGUUGUGGCAGCAGCAAGAGAGCUACUCUAGUGUGACCUGAUAAAUGGAGACCAGUAUAUGCUGGUGUUGGCUGCAGCAGACUCCGCUCAUUUGGACCGACACCCCCUACUCACGGUUUGCAUCUAUUGAUGUGGUGGUCUUUGGGAUGUUCCCUGGCGAGAUCUAUCGAUAGUGGGUGAUCUAACCUGUUCUGGGGUGGCUGUUACCUCAGGUCUACUUGGCUCUCGUCCGCGCAGCAGUCGCCGCCUAAUUAACGUCUUAAUCGCAGAACCGGUCCUCUUGAAUGGACACCAAGUUGUCCUGCCGGAUUCUUUACUGUGAAUAAACCAGAAAAACUGGCUGGGGUGACGAGUGUUCUUAAGAGCGCAGCGGUGGUGACCGUCACCUCUUGUCGCAGGUAGCGUGAGUGGCGCGCUGGCGUUUCCAGGAGACGCACGCUUUUGAAGCUGCCACUGACGCACCGGGCGCCUGCAGUUGGGAGCGUGCGGCACAGGACUCACAAAGAUGGAGAGUGUCCUCGCCUACCAGAGCUCCGAGGUGGACUGGUGUGAAGACAACUUCCAGUUUUCUGAGGGGGUGGCCGAAUUCUACAAUACGGUCAGCAGUGCCAGCUUCUUCAUCUUUGCCCCUAUCAUGAUGUACCUGCUGCACCCGUAUGCCAAGCAGAGGACCCACGCCGUGCACCUGGUGUGGCUCAUGAUGAUGAUCGUUGGGGUCUUCUCAGCCUACUACCACAUGACCCUCAGCUACAUGGGGCAGCUGCUGGACGAGCUGUCCAUCCUCUGGGUCCUGGCCAUCGGCUACACCCUCUGGUUCCCACGCCACCGGUUUCCAUUCUUCAUCAAGGACAGGUGUACCUUUGCUGGACUCGUCUUCAUCACGGCCACCCUGAGCACCGUCUUCUCCUUCGCUAAGCCCACCGUCAACGCCUACGCGCUCAACUCCAUCACGCUGCACAUCCUGUACGUCCUCAGCCAGGAAAUGAAGAGCUGCACAGAUCCUCAGAUUCAGCGACUCGCCUUCACCACCGUCGCCUGGUGGGCUUUGGCCAUCUCCUGCUGGCUCAGUGACCGCCUGCUCUGUGGCUUCUGGAGGAGAAUCAACUUCUGCUACCUGCACAGCUUCUGGCACAUCCUCAUCUCGGUGGCAUCAGCCCAUGGCUGCACACUCUUUGCCUACUUUGAUGCCCAGUAUGAAAUUCCUUUUGCCAAACCAGAGGUUCAUUAUUGGCCGGGAGACAACUGGAAGGUGGCACUUCCAUAUUUAUCAGUGAACUACAAGGCCAGGCUGCAGAAACAGUGCUGAAGGGAAUGGUGGACGGCAGAGACUCCGGUGCCCACUGUGAACGACAACUCAGUCUAACGUGGCACACAAAUCACCGCGAGGGUAACAUCACGCAUCAAGGGCCUUACUGUUCCGCAUUUGAAAGAACUGAUUUGGGCCGAAUCCGCCAAAGUGCUCAGUGCUCCUGUGGUGGAAUCUUCACCUACUCCCAAAAGCGGGCACCUUAGCUUAACUGGCAUCUACAAAGGAGAUAACAGACGAGAGCAGGCCAUUCAGACCAACAAGUACAUCUAGAAAGUUCCCCAAAGUCCUCUGUUUGGUAACUGGUCACAUAUGGAUGACCACACCAGUGUGCCCCACGAUGGACUGGCACCUGCCAUCCCCCUGGGCUACAUACAGAAUGACAUAAUUGGGACAGGAGAUGGAGGGACGGACUCGCUCAAGGUGGCAGAUGAGAUGUCAUCAAAUGUCAUCCCACUGGCGUUUCCAUCGGGGUCUCGACCGCCUGAACAGAAGGCUGGCAUUUCCAGAUCGGUCCGAAUACUCUCAUUCUGCACGUGUGUGUGGCGUGGUGCCCGUCUCUGGCCACAGGGGGCGCUCUUCUGCAGACGUCACCUGUUUUUGAGUGGUGUCUCAGGUUUUCUAAUUUGUGAUCAAAGCUCAUUUCAGCCACUGGAUAAUAAAUUGUAUUUUAACAGAA